ACCAACAAUCGCUCUCAGGUUGAGAUUUCUGCUACACUGUUUUGUUGCCGUUCUUUACGGGUUAUUUCCCCAUCUACAGAUGGAGCUGGCGAUUUGUCGAUGAUCACUGGUAGCAAACGCUUUUCUCAUCUAGCGUUCCACCCACCGCGGGACGAGUUGGGUAUCGUGUGACUUUGCUUUCUGUCGGGGUCUGCGAGCAAAUUGGCCUUUUUGUAGGGAAAUCGCACGUCCUUUCGUUCGUUGGGGUUAGGUCUGUCUGCGAAUUUUUCGCAGUAUUCCCGUCUGUCGUUCUUUCAUGAGACAAAGUAGGCCGCUCCGUACCUUGGCUGUCAUGCAGGAUGGAGGACCGCAGCCGUGCAGCACGCCUGUGCGAAGAUCGCAAAUUCAGUCUUUUUCAUCGUCCUGUUUUUACACUCAUGGCUUGUCUCUUCCUGAUGUUGUUCCUCUGAGAAAUUGUCCACUUUCCCUGUUUUUCCAACCGAUCGCUGGCGCCAGGUUUACUAAAGGGGCGUUCUUUUUUUGCUAGGCAUCUGGUGUUGGUGUACAUGUUCUGUCUGGCGGUUGCGUCUGAGUACGCGCCGUUCUCCCGGUUGACAUCGUUGAAAGAGGAACCUGAAGGAGUUUUGGUGGUAUUUUGUGGACCUGGUAUCGUUUUUUUGGGAGUGAAGUUUCCUCUCUGCUUUUGUCCGUCUUCAACAAAACUGCUGAGCGGCAGCAGUUGCCCGCUCCCAUGAUGAGAGCGGAUUCUCGACUGAAGGGUCCCUUUGCCUCGUUUCCGUGAGGCUUUCGGGGCGAAAAUCGAGACUGGCGUGCCCCCGUUUUUCAGUUCUCUUUCUUUUUUUCUCCGUCCAUCGGCCUUGAGUGUCAACUCGACGCAGGUCCAUAGGUGAGUUGUGUGUCUGUGCGCUCGGUGACCCAGCUGAGCAUCCGUUCCCGUGCAGCGCGCAGUUUCGUUACCCCGCCGCGUUUCACCUUGUCCUUCGCAGCUUUCCCUCGUGUUUAUUUCACCGCGAGUAGGUUCCUCAAGAAGCGGGGGAUUUGUCGGCGGUUUCGUUCAUUCGCCUCUUCCACCAAGAACUUUGCUUCCACAGGUCGCAGAGCCCGCGGCGUCUCUGCUGUAGCUUCCUUCCUCCCCCGCGGAUCCCAUCGCUGGCCAUGGAAGAAACACUGAACAGCAUCACGUCGUAUCUGCGGAAUGUUCCUUUGACUUCGAUCUCAGAUCCCCUGGCUGUUUGUUCGACGGCGCCUGCGCUGCCGGAGCGGGAAAACCCCUCGCGUGUCCGUGCCUGGGUCACCAGGAGCGACUUUCACGGCGAAGCAACUCCGACGAUGGGAGGAACUUUUCCGCAGAAUUCCGGGAAGGGAGGUGAGAAGACUGCCUCUCUGUCUAGAAACGGCUCGUCGCUUUCAGAUGCCAUCUGGUCUUUCCAUGAGAAUCUGCGUCGACAAUGGUCUCAGCUGCAGAUUCUGGACCAGCCGGGGUCUGGGCGACAGAGUCCCUUCGAAGGGAAAUCGGAGAAAUCCGAGUCAGGGAAAACGAGCAGCGCACAGUCGAAGCACAUUCCAGGUCCGACGUCGCCGGGAUCUGCAGAAACGUUGCCGCGCGCCGUCGUUCUCUCAUCUCCUACACGCCAAGCCGGAUUCCUCAGCUCAACUUCCUGCGCGUCUGCGUUGCCUGCCGCUGGAGACGCGGAUUUCUCUCUCCACGAUGACGACUCUGUUCCCGGGUCACCCGUUUCGCCUGUCAGACACAGCGCGUCUGGAUUCGCUUCGCGGAAGUUCGCCCGAUGCCUGGCAGCAGCUGCGCCUGGCGAGGAUCGAGUGGCCGUCUCCGACUUACACUACCCAGCGCCUAGAGAUUUCCCCGGGAGGGUGGAGAGUCGUCAGAGUUCUCAGGCGAAGCCUGUUUCAUCGGACACGGCUAAAAGUCCCGGGGGUGCGACUCGAACGCUCGCUGAGGCGUACAUGCACUUGCGGGUGGAAAACCGGACGAUGUGGAUGUCGCUGCACACAUUGCGCGUCGUCGUGGCUCUCCAGCUGGCGCUGUCUGUCUUGGGAUUUUUGCUGAACUCCUGGCCUCCGGGGUUCUCCGCCCAAGACGCCCCUUUCCGCUCUGCGGUCUUCUGGCUGCACGUGGCGGCCUACAUGUAUACCGGCUGGUGUCUGUACACCCUGCGCGGCUCACCCGUGGAGAGCUGGGAGGCGCAGCAGGCGCGGGAGACGGUGGAGCGUCUCCGGCAAAAUGUUUCCCUCUCGCCACAGGUCGCCGCAGGCAGUCUGGAAGGAGCGGGGAAGGCAGUUCGGCUGGCGGAAAUGCCAGUUCGGGACGAUCUGCGGACCGAGACAGGCAUGCGGGACGAGUGCCCCAGACGGAGAAGCCGUUCGUCGCAUGCGCGUCUGGACCGCGAGAGAAUCCCACCGCCCGCGGACGCGGAGCCACCCCCCGUAGAAACUUGGCCGCAGCGACCCGUGUUCUUGAGAGCUACGGAAGAGGCCUGGAUUGUCGAGAAAGUCACUGAAAUCGCACGACGCAAAGCGAAAACCAAGGAGUCUUCCCGGAGUGGUACUCGCCGCAAGCUUCCGAUUGUCCGCUAUCCUCGCGCGCCGAUGAUGUUCAUGACGAAGCAGUUGGAGGAUCCGAAGACCGGGAUCCACUGGUUCGAGAACCCCUUUUUCCGCGGCGUUGCCGUCAUUCGCCUGGCUCCCGUGGGAGGGUCACCGGGUGGAGAAGUCUACACGGACUCGAAGAAACGGUAUUUGCAGGCGUGUUUUCAGGGCCAGUUUUUGCAGCCUCAUCGAGUCGGCGAAGUUCUCACAGGUCAGGUGUUCUCUCGUCGGCUCAAGUCCCUCCCCCCCCGAUGGAUGGUUAACAUGGGCAUGAAAGUCGUGAAGCAGCUGACCGACACUCUCAAGGAGGACAUCUCGUCGAACGAACCGUACUUCCUCACGCCGGCACUGUGUGUGGCGCAAACCGUGCACGUGGCGCAUGCAUCUAGGAGACCCCGUCGGCUUUCUAGCGCGGUAGCAGAAGAUCAAAACGGCAUGGAAGAGCGCCGUGACAACCUCAUUUCUGAUGAUUUGGACGAUGAAAAUUUCUACAUACCGCCCCCCGACCCCACGAAUCCCAUGAUUCAAGAGGACACGCGGCUGCUUGGUGGACCCUUCUCCUGCGGGGGCAUAUCGUCGGACAAACGAAAGCGGCUGAUGGGGGAUAGAAAGCUUUUGAAGGAGCUGGUAUUUUCUCCGGAUUAUAUCUACACGUUCGAUUUCUUUCAGAACAUCUUCUAUCCGUCUUCGUACGAGUUCGACCUUGGUGUCAUGCGACUUGAUCUGGCGCCUUACCUGAACCGCCAACCCAUCGAGUUAAUGGCUCUUGUAGACGAUUCGUUUAUCCGAGAUGGAACGCCAUCGUCGAGCACUGUCUCCUCGGACAAAGGUGGCGUUUCCUCGUCCUGUGGGGACGGGAAGUCGAGGUCGAGGGAAGUGGGUGGCGAGGGGGGAGCAGAAGACAACGCGACUGGUUCGCAAGGCUUCGAAGACGAAGAUGUGUCUAAAUGGAAGCCGCCACCAGGUUCUUGGAAAUUCUUGUGGAGGUACCAGAUGUGGCAUGAAAAACUGUUAUCUAACUGAAGGGAAGCAGACGGGGAAAGCAAGCAGGAUGCGCUCGUUCCGUUUCAGUGUGCGACACGAUCCUGAGUCAAGACUGUGGCCAGUAGAUGAAAUUACAUCUUCGAGAUGUCACGUUCUUUUCUUCCUGGGUUAACAUCUAAAAGAGACCGGUGAUGCCAGACUGAGCUCCAGUUCCGUGUUCACGAGGUAUCUGACUCUAGCAUGGAUUUGUGAAAUGAAUCUAUUUUGUGCCAGUCCUCCGAGUUUGGAAGGUUCACGAUGUCCCUCUGUGGCUGUCGUUGGAAAAAAAGGGAAAAAACUUUAAUUAGUGAAGUUUCCGGAGGUUUAAGCAACGAAAUAUGGUGGUAAAAUACACCAUCACGGCGGUACGUGUUGUGUCGUACCACUGUUUUGAAAAAGAGCAAAACCGUCGCCUUUCUAAUGCGCAGGCGAAUCGCGUCAGAGAGCGGAAUGUGCAAAUCAGUGGCAGCUGAAAAGGAGCGGUGUCGGGCAUCAAGUUUUGGGGCAGAGUUUUGGCCGUUUUAAGAAGGCACAGAAAUAUGAGAAAUUGCUUUCUUCAGUAACACCAUUGUACUACCGGAUCGGAAUGUGCUGAUUUUGGACAUCCUACACUUACUUUAUAAUCAGCCGAUGAAUGCUUCGCCAGCCAAUGCAAGCGUCUUCGUUUUCCCACUGUUAAGUGCGGGUCUUCGUCACCUGCGCAAAUAACAGUUCACCGCUGAUGUCUAAGUUUGUUCUCGUCACACACGAAAUAAUUUGCAUCGGUGCACAUGAAUAAUCUGAUGCUGGCCGCGUGUGAUUACGAAGAGCAACGAAACGAACGACUUGAAAUCAACGAGUGAACCUGGGAGCUCCGGCGAAACAUGACAAACCAAAUUUAUUAAGCAUCUUCUAGACGCG